CCGCCUCGGCUGUAGCCGUGCUGUCAAAGCGGGAGGAUGAUCAACCAGAAAUGUAGCACUUUAUUACUGAAAGACAGAAGACGGAGGAGGAUUAUAAAAUGUAUCUAUGUGGUGGGCUUCAUGGACUUGUUUGGGGUGAGCAUGAUCAUCCCACUGCUGAGCCAUCACGUGAAGGCUCUUGGAGCAAGUCCCACUGUGGCCGGUAUUGUAGGAUCUACGUAUGGGAUCUUGCAGCUUUUCUCGAGCACUAUAGUUGGCAGCUGGAGCGACGUGGUGGGUCGGAGGUACUCUCUGCUGACCUGCCUGCAGCUCAGCGCUCUAGGCUACGGCCUGCUGGGGAUGUCCACCAGCAUCGCUUUGUUUGUACUUGCACGGAUACCUGUGGGGUUGUUCAAGCACUCACUCUCCAUCUGCAGAGCUCUGCUGUCUGACCUGGUGUCUGCUUCAGAGCGCCCUCUAGUGAUGGGACAUUUCAAUGCCGCCUCCAGCGUGGGCUUCAUCCUGGGCCCUGUGGUGGGUGGCUACCUAACUGAGCGUGAAGGAGGCUUUUAUACAUCCUCUUUUACUUGUGCAGCCAUCUUCAUUAUUAAUGCUGGCCUCGUAUGGAUGAUACCACAGAGUGAGACUCUGGCUGACCGUAAUGACACUGUCUGCAGAAACGACACGAGUGCAGGGUAUCACGAAAACCACUUUAGUAAAUCUGUACAGAAUGGUUCUCAUACAAAUAGCCACCACCCAUUGCUGACAGCAGAGACGCAGCAAGAGUCUACAUCUCCUGGAAAGCAUCAAGGUGGUUUCAGGUGGAGGGAUGUGUCUUUUCUUCAGCCAGUCUGGAAACAGCUGUCCUCAGUAGGCUCCAGGAUCCACAUAGUGGCCUCAUCUGACAUGUGGGACCUCUUCCUUGUGCGUCUUCUGAUGGCCAUAGCUAUCAUGCUCUACUACAGUAACUUUUCUCUGGCCAUGGAGGAGCGCUUUUCACUCAAACCAAAAAUGACCGGUUACCUGAUCAGCUACAGCAGCACUCUAGGGGCCCUGGCUGGGUUCCUGGUGGGGCCAGUCACACAGCUGUAUAAGAACAACAUGCCCGCUUUACUGCUCCAUUCGACGGUGCUCACCUGUACGCUUAUUUUCCUCUAUGCUGCUGCGCCGAAUGUUUGGCAAGUGCUGCUCACCUCCACCUUCUUUGCCAUUUCUACCACUAUCGGACGGACAUGUAUCACAGAUUUGGAGCUGCAGAGGGGCGGGGUCCAGGCCAGCGGGACUCUGAUUGGAGCCGGGCAGUCAGUUACAGCUGUGGGUCGAAUCCUGGCUCCUCUCCUGUCUGGUUUGGCGCAAGAGUUCAGCCCUUGCGGCCCCCCAAGUCUAGGAGUGGUGCUGGCCCUCGCAGCUGUGGCUUUACUACUCAUCAGAAUUCCCAAAUGGGACGCGAGGGAGAUGACAAAAACAGCCAAACUCAGAAACUCUAAAUGAAUUUUGAAAUCACAAAGAAGUGCUCUUAAUUGCAGGAGACCAGCUGGGACAAUGAACAGCAGACUCCUCGAGGGAACGGUGAAGCCAACUCGAACGUGUUAUUCUUAAACAGGAUAGCCCUUCUGUUGGUGCGAUGACAUCACAGGGUGGAAAUAUUGUGACGUUUCAAUCACACCAGCACUGAAGUCUUCGUCUCGGGGACAGGUGAAUCAAAAGUCACGUGCACUGUAGGAAUGAAGACACUGCUGCAAAAUGCUGACGUUUGACAGCAACCUUUGGGCACAAACUACUGGAUUAUGACUGUAUUUUUAUGACUUUGUUUUUAAUGAAGUUUUGUAACCACUGCAAUUUAGCUGGAGUUGAUGAAAGCAGGUCUGCACUACAUGCCCGAAGAGGAGGGUGAUUUAAUUGAAAUAAUACUUAAUUCAUUAAAUAAAAAUUAAAAAGAUGACUGUCAAAGGCAGGCUAUUACAUUUUUGGUAUGAGUUUGAUUUUUACACAUUUUACCUCAAUGGGUUUUUUUGUUUUUUAUUCUAAUGCAAAGUAUCCGAAAUGGUCGUUAUAGCAGUAUCUGAUCUAAUGUUCCUCUUUGACUGAUCAUAAAGAAUAGAGAUUUGUUAAUUUACCUAAUUAGAGGCUUAAAUGCAUAUUUGUUAUUCACUAUUUUUAAGUUUUAUAACAUUAUUUUCAACACCGGUUUACUUGCAUCACCAGAGCCAGAGAGGUGUAAUAUGAAGUGAGAUGAAACACAUAACUCAAUGUCACUGUGCAUGCAUUCAUGAUGCAGAAAAUGUCAACCUCUUUAUACUUGGUUUUAAUCUAUUUAGCCUCUUUUACUCUCUCACGCACACAGAACAAGGUUACCUGUUCAAGCAAUAAACUGAAAAGUUUCACAGUUCUAACGUGCAGCCAUCACUUUAGAAAUGAGAGUGCACUCAAUAUUAAAAGAAUUAACUUGAAUUAAAAUGUGUACUCUACCACUCUCUGCACUAAAUAAGCAGAUUUUCUGCAGCAUUCAUUUCCUGUCUUGUCUUUCACUUUUACAUGUUGGUAUUGUUUAUAGAUUGUUCAUCACUAGUCAGUCAUCAUCUGAUGUCGUUUCUGGUUGGAGUAGGUGGCGCUCACAGGGAUCCUGUUGUGCGGGAUGAGUGUCAUGUGACAUGUGAAACACCCCUUUUUAUGUAACUGCACACGGAGCCUGAAGCAGAAAGUCCGACUUGGCAGACAAAGUUAAUAACCGCCAUCAUAGGUUUUGUCAAGCCAGCUAACUCAGAGAAAGCCUGGCUGUGUUGAACUUCCUUCAUAGUGCACCUCUCUGGAACAAUCGGAAACGCUCUCUUAUACAUUUAUCUCAUUUAUCUCUAGGCUCCAUGAAGGACCUGCCACACUAAGGCCCAAAAAACUGCUACAGCAAAUAAACAGUUUGUACUUUUGUGUCUGUCUCCUGAAUUGUA